UGUAGUUCUCGUGUCAGGGAGGAACGCAGCGACAGAGUACGAUUUCCUGAAAAAUAUGAUACCUGCUAAACAACACACAAACAGCGAAAGUGGUGCUUGGGGGACAGUUCGAUGAUAACCUAAAGAAAAAAAUGGAGCACAUCAUAACGCCAAAGGUGGAGAAUGUGAAACUACUGGACAGGUACACAGACAAGAAGUCCACUCAGGGAACUCUGUACCUGACCCCUACUCACUUUAUCUACGUGGAACAAACCAACAACACGCGCAAAGAAACAUGGGUGCUACAUCAUCACAUCGCGUCUGUGGAGAAGCUGCCAUUAAGUGCGUCUGGCUGUCCGCUCCUGAUCCACUGCAAAACCUUUCAGCUGCUCCACCUGGUUUUCCAAAGAGAGAAAGAUUGUCAGGACGUUUACCAGUCACUACUGCGCCUGUCUCAACCAGUCAAAGAGGAGGAGCUGUAUGCAUUUCUCUAUAACCCGAGCCAAAAUGAGGACGACAGAAAGCAGGGUUGGGAACUUAUUGAUGUUUCAAAUGACUUCAGGAGGAUGAGCCUCCCCAAUGAUCACUGGGAAAUCAGCCUUCUUAACGACAACUUUGAGAUCUGUAGCACUUAUCCGCCUGUCCUAGGACUACCCAAAAAUGUCAGUGUUCCCACGGUAACUGGCAGCGCCAAGUUUAGGAGCCGUGGGCGACUGCCUGCUCUGUCUUACUAUUACAAAGACACAAAGGCUGCGAUCUGUCGCUGCAGUCAGCCUUUGUCUGGUUUGAACUCUCGCUGCAUGGAAGACGAGCAGAUGCUUCAGGCCAUCUGCCAGGCAAACCCCAACUGCCCUUUUAUAUACGUAGUUGACACAAGGCCUAAGUUGAAUGCGAUGGCAAACCGCGCGGCAGGAAAAGGCUACGAGAAUGAGGACAACUAUUCCAAUAUCAGAUUCCAGUUCCAAGGGAUUGAAAACAUCCAUGUCAUGAGAAACAGCUUGCAAAAACUGCUGGAGGUGUGCUCUAUGAAGUCCCCAUCCAUGAGUGACUAUCUGACAGGACUGGAGAACUCCGGCUGGCUGAGGCACAUAAAAUCGGUUAUGGAUGCGGGUGUGUUCCUCGCCAAGGCUGUCUGUGACGAGAAAGCAAGUGUGUUAGUACAUUGUUCAGAUGGUUGGGAUAGAACGGCCCAGGUUUGCUCUUUGGCUUGCAUACUGCUGGACCCAUACUACAGAACCUUAAAAGGGCUCAUGGUUCUGAUAGAAAAAGAGUGGAUCUCUUUUGGUCAUAAAUUCAAUCACAGGUGUGGCCAUUUGGAUGGCGACCCGAAGGAAGUGUCUCCUGUGUUGACCCAGUUCCUAGAGUGCGUGUGGCAGCUGUCAGAGCAGUUUCCCUGUGCGUUUGAAUUCAAUGAAUCCUAUCUCAUAGAAAUCCACAACCAGGUCUAUGCCUGCCAGUAUGGAAACUUCAUCGGCAACUGUCAGAGAGAGCGACAGGAAAUGAGAUUGAAAGAGAAGACGUUUUCCUUGUGGCCUCAUCUUCUGAAAAACCAUGAUCAGUAUCGGAACCCCUUGUAUCGGCGUUCAUUAAAGAACACGGUGCUCAGACCCAGCACUUUACCCCUUCACUUCAAGUUUUGGUGUGGGAUGUAUAACCACUAUGACAAAGGCAUGCACCCAAAACAAUCUGUUCUAGGCCAGCUGCUGUCUCUUAUGCAGAAGCAGGUAGAUGGAGAGAAAACCAUGACUGACUUACAGAGGCAGCUGGCCGUUGCAGACGGAGUUCUCCCUGACCCAUCUGGACCAAUCAGAACACCUGUAAAGCGGGACAGUCAAAGCGAGAAGACGCCUACUGCUACUGUUAACCAAUCGAACGGAAGCCAAAGCCCUUUGAUUAACGGUGCUGCGGAGGAGGCCAGGCCGGACUCUAAACAGUGCAAUGGGGAAGAAGGGGCGGAGCCAGCUGCCACCCAACAUGCUGUGACCUCCUUAAAGGAAAACCCUGUUUCUGUGGAAACAGAACAUUCCAAUGAGGAGGUUCAAGAAUCCUCAUGAGUCUCCAUAGUAACAGGAGAGACUUUUCGACUGAAACCCCAAAGAACAAAUGUCAAGAGUGUAAGAUGUGUAUAGUGCCACAGAAAUCUCUACAUGUUGUGCUAAUACAACAACACAUUCACACAGCUCACUGUGAGUCUGUAGUGUUCAUUAGUUAUGCAGCACUGUUUUUAAGUUUGAUGUUUAGAGUCUGAGUUUGUUUUCUAGUGUUUGUUGACUUUAAAUGGGUGGUUCACCCAAAAAUAGUUUUUAACCUGUAUGUGUUUUAUUCUGUUAAACCCAAACAAAGUUAUUUAGAGAAAUGAUUCAUGGUGCCCAUUGACUUCCACAGUAGAAAAAACAAAUACUAUGGAAGUCAGUGGGUACCGUCAACUGUGUGCUUCCCAUCUAUGAUCCAAAAAUCUUUUUUUGUGUGUUUAACAGACUAAAGAAACUAAUACAGGAAAACCUGAUGGCGAGUAAAUGACAGAAUUUUAAUUUUUGGGUGAACUAUUCAUUAAAGACAGAUCAUGAGCAUUACACUUUCUAUAAAAACAAGUUUGUCAGGACAAGUGGACUCUUCAAAUUUGCCAUUAUGAUCAAAUCUGAUGUUGUAGAAAUAUCAUGUGUUAGACGUUUUAAUGUCUUUGUUUUAAUUUCAUGCUUGAUAUAAAAAUGACUGUCAGAUCAUUAAGCCAUACAAACAAUUUACUUGUAUAAAUGUGAGGUUUAAACCAUAAUACUCAUUGAUUUAGAUAUUCGAGGAGCUGUUUUGAGAUUCAGGUAGAUAAAGGGAACACACUAUAAAAAAUGUUAUUAAAUUAUCAUUUUUGCACAAACGUAUUUGUUUUCUGACGCAUUCUGCAGCCUUCUUGACUAAAAGACACAAACUGAAAAUUUUAAGUGUUUAAAGAAAAGGGAAAUUGUGUGUUUACUGAGAUCUUGAGAUUGAAUGCAAUAAGCUUUUGCAUUGUUUAAGCCUAGAUUUAAUGCCAAAUAAAUGAUCUGAUGUACAGAAAUUUGCCGGAGGGCAGACUUCGAUUCAGAAUAUGUCAGUUUGACCAAACCUUUUGAAUAUAAUGUAUAUACUUUUGUGAAACAAUAUAUUUUUUUAAGUGUUUUUUUUUAAGUAUGUCUUCUGUAUGUGUAAAGGAUUUGAAAGCUUUAUUUGUAGAUCUGGCUGCUACGGAGUAAGUCCAUGAUCUAAAAAUAUUUUUAUGUUGUGUUAGCUGAAAAAUCAAUAUAUUUGAAAAUGCUUCCUUUAUAGAGAACUUGUUUAUCAAAUCCUUUUUACCUUAUUUUGUACUGAUUAAGUUGAAAGCAAUAGCAGAGACAGUACUAUAGUAUAGUACAGGGCAGCAAUAGUUAAAAGGGAAUUUAUAAAAAUAAGCCAAGUGAAAAGUGUUACCACUGAUACAGAAACUCUAUGAUAGGCUGUGAUAACAUUCAUCCUUUCUAAAGUUUAACCAAACAAAGACUCAAUGCUUGUUUUGAUUACUGCACUGUUUUAUAUUUUUUCAUUCGUUCACCAUUGAAUUUAAAUGGAUAUUUUCUUUAAAUAAAUAUACCUUUUCUAUAA